AUGGCUGAAAAUGCCUCGGCCUCUUCGGGCGUACCAGAAGCCUUGCCUACUGAACAUGACUUAGACCAGGCGUUCAAAAUACCGAUUCUGGAUUCAUAUGGAAAAGAGCAGCUGUUUGGCGAUUUAUUUGACAAUUUACGAGCACAAGAAAAAAGCCGUGUUAUGGUUAUCUUUGUUCGACAUUUCUUCUGCGGUAGUUGUCAAGAUUACAUCCAAACUCUUUCAUCUUCUAUUCCUCCGCCGUCGUCUCUUCCGUCGAAUACUAGCCUAGUUAUCAUCGGCUGCGGCGCCACCAGCCUGAUCCCCAUGUACGCAAAGGAGACCUCUUGUCCUUUCCAGAUAUACACGGACCCAUCCAGUCGGCUAUAUUCUAUCUUCGGCAUGACGCGGACUUGGAGUCUCGGCCCUGUGCCGGAGUAUCUAAGGCACUCGACGUUCGCCUUGGUUGUCAAAGGCAUAUCCCAGGGCUUGAGGAGAACCUUCAAUGGCGACGCAUUGAAAUCGGGAGAUAUGGCCCAGGUUGGCGGGGAGUUCUUUUUCGAAAUUAAACCAAAAAGUCAAGAGAACGGCCGCGAUAUCAUUGUCACUUGGGGUCAUCGAAUGAAGACAACCCGAGAUCACACUGAAGUCCCGGAACUUAAACGUAUCAUGGGUCUUGAUUAA